AGAAGAAAAAAAAUAUAAUUUGAGAAGCAAUAACUUAAAUUUGGAACAGCAAAAAGAUCCUAAUAGUAAUAUAUUUGCAGCUAAUAAUAACAAUGAAGAUAAUGAUUACAAGUAUGAAUUUAAUAUUGUUGAAUUCCGAAAGAUAAUUUCUAAAUGUAUAAAACAAUAUCCAAAUAUGGGUGAAAUACCAAUGCUUAUAUGUUUAAAUAUAAAUAAACUUGAUUUCGGCAUGACUGAUUUGCUUGCAAAUGGAUAA